AAUUUCCGUUGGCAUUGACGUUUCCUGGAUCCAAUUGUUUACAUCGAGAAAUUUCCACUAAAGUAUAAAACGCAAUUCCGUCUUAUUUAAGAGUAAACGUAACAUAUUUAAGUUUGCAGAAGUUUUGCAUCAGGUUGUCUAAAAUGUUUGGCAGGUCAAUGUUUCGUGACAUGGACCAAGAUCCAUUCUUUGCAGGGUUCAAUGACCAUAUGAGACAGGCAGAUGGAUUGUUCCGUGACCCGUUUCGUGGAAUGGGGAUGGGCAUGUUGGAAGAUGGACGGGGACAAGACAGAGGGAACCGAGCCAGGGGUGACAGGGAACGUGGAAAUGAAGUUGCCCCUUUUGGAGAAUUUGGCAUGGGGUUUGGAAACAUGUUUGGAAAUAUGGACAAAAUGAUGAGUGACAUGAAUAGGGCAUUUGCACAUGCCAGUGAGAGUGGAAAUGGUCAGUCAUUCCAACAGUCAUCAUUCAUGUCGUACCAGAAGUCCGGAGAGGGUCCUCCGAAGGUUUACCAAGCUUCUACAGCAACCAGAUCUGGCCCUGGAGGGGUACGGGAAACAAAGAAAGCAUUAAGAGAUUCCGAGCGAGAACUGGAAAAAAUGUCCAUAGGUCAUCACAUACGUGACAAAGGUCAUGAAAUUGAGAAACAUCGUAACACACGAUCGGGACAAAUUGACGAAAUGCAAAAUUAUAUCAACAUUGAUGAAAAGGACGUUGAACAUUUUGAUAGAGAAUGGCAGGAAAAGACAAGAACAGCUUUUAAGGGGCCAGACUAUGGUGAACGAGGCCGUAGAAGGGACGACUACCUUGAUAGGCCAGCAGGACGCAGAGGUGGACGAGAGCUUAGGGACCGACCCAGACGCGAGGACCGUGAGCGUGGAAAACAGCUGGCUCUACCUGAACCAGAACCUCGUUCCUCCAACCGGUCCGAACACUGGGGAAGAACAGCAGAGGCCCGCGGAAGAGAUAGAAGUUAAAGAAUCAAAGACAAAGACAAAAUUUACCCUGCAGCAGCAAUGAACUUUGUUACAUAUUUUAUGAUUGGAAAUAUCAAUGUUGAUUCUUGGACAUGGAACAAAUUCAUUCUUUAUGGAUCCAGAAGAAAUAUUUGCCAUUUGUGAUAUGUACAUAGUAUAUUUGUUAUCUUUUUUUUAGUUGUUACACUUGAAAGAUAUAUUUUGGAAGUACAUGCAUGUUUAUGACUAAUACAGUUUUAAAAGAAACAUGUUUUUGAUGCCUAUAUUUUGUUUACUUUAUAUUGUUAGUACACUUUCUGUCUUUAAUGCUUUCUGCCGUCCUCUUUUAAUUAUAAACUUUAAAAAGUUUCUGUUUUUAUACUUUAGAAUUUGCUGUAUAACAGUAUUCUUUUGUGGAAAAGUUUGUUUGCAUAAUAUGACGGUGAUUUAUUCGUUAUAUGAAAGAAAAUCCAAAGAAGCAUAAUUUCCAUUCCAUUUCCAGCAGAAUUGAAAUUUAGAAUUUUAUGAGUUAGAAAUGAAUGAAAAGGUUAAUUGUUUAUUUGUUUUAUUGCAUGGAGUUUCAUAUAUUUAUAGUUAGGGACCAUAUUUGACAGAUACAUUUUAGUCACUUCUAACAAGACCAGCAUUGUAAUUUUAUAAAGAAUUCAACAGCUAGGUUUCUUGGUUUGCAGUGUUUUAACCAUUUAUUUAUAGUGUUAACAUAAUGAUAAUAGUGUAUGUAUUCAUGUAGUUAAAGGAACUCCACUGAGGUCCAAAAGCCUAAAAUUAGUUUGAAUUUCUUACAUAGAUUAGCUUGAAUACUUAAACAAAUUAGAUCAUAUUUUGUGCUAUUCUUAGUCCAAAGUGAUUGAAGAGUGUUGCAACAAUAUUGAAUUCAUUUUUUUUUUCAUUUUUCACAGUAAAUAUAUAUUUGGAGAGCGAAUGAUCUGAAAUUUUGCACACAAGUUAUUGGUCUUGACUAACAGUAAUCCAUUAAUCUUGAAAAAUUGUUUUUAGUCCAGUCAUUUAAAAAACUCAGUUGAGUUCCUUUAAUGGGUGCUUUUAUUUUACCUUAGUGAUCAUAUGGGAUAGUGUAAUUAACGUGACCAGUAAUUGGAAAUUAGUGAUUUGUAGGAAAUUCCAGAAAACUGAGAAAAGGACAUACAAAAAAAUUAUAUAUAGUUUGUGCCAUUAAUUUAUUUAUUCAGUAGCAAAUCUAGGAGGUGAAUGGAAACAUUUAUAUUUGAUAUAAAAAUUGUAUUACUCGCCACAGAUUAUUUGAUUUGUGAUAAUUUGGCUAUUUUAUAAUUUGAUGAUGUUAAAGUUUGUUUUUCAUUUUGAAUGAACACAAUAAAACAUUCCAUCUUAUUAUAUAUG